GCCGGCCGCAGCGCCCUCUCUCGCGCCCAGCAGCCUCCAUCGUGCCUGCGACCGCGAGGCAGCAUCCGUGCUGUCGCAGCCCUUCUAUCGGCAUCGGAAUUGACGUGUCGUAGCGUACUCCACCAGCUGCAACGGCCGCGCGGCAGCAUCUGGGGCAGCAUCUCGGCAGCCUACUGGGCAGCCACUCCCACUGCGCGCAUCCGUACGACGCCAUUCGUCGUGCAAAAGGACCAUGUUCGAGGUCCAGCUCGAGACCUACCAUAAACCGCUCUGCCUCGCGCCAACACUCAGACCCGCGCGCGCCGUGCUUGAUGUGGACAGUGAUUGGCAGGUCCUGCGUUUGAAGCAGGAGAUCCAGGCCCUCUGCCGCACGGUGUCGGGCCAGUCCAUGCUCGCUCCAUCACGGCAGAUGCUGUCCGUGAAGCAAGUCGACGAGGAUUCAGGUGAAUUGAGAAAUGUCGGUAUUGAUGAUGACAGUGCCCUGCUCGGCGUCGUCGGCCUCGAAGCAGAUAGCAAGAUCUACCUCAAGGUGCGGCCCUACGUCCACCGGCCAAAGGAGGGCAAGCCGCCGUGGUGCGGGGACUUCACGCACGGGAGCCUCUAAACUAUGUUUUAAAGUACGCA